GAGAUCUGUACGGCUAUGUUUACAUAAUGGACACAUUCGUAUUGCACGCUGGUUGCAUGUUUCUCAUCCACUCAGCACCUCUGCACAGGCAACUAGAUACUGAACUGAUGUUACUGCUUGAAGAAUAUCCACUCAAAUGAAUUAAUAUUCUAAUCAUUUGGAGACGUAGAUAGCUAACCGAGGAAACACAGACUGGAUGUUGUUGUUGUCAGAUGAACCAAAGGCAGUGAGAGUAAAACAGGAGGCUGUCUGAAUCAUCUGAGGUCGACGACGGGGGGUGCUGGAGCUGGAUGCUGCUGCUGCAGACUGCGACGAGUGUGUGUGUGGCAGCUUCUAGGGUACACCGGCGGGCGUUUACGUGUGGCAUCGCCAUGGCGAAGAGUAAAUUUGAGUACACGAGGAACUUCGAGACGGACGACACCUGUCUAAAGAACUGUUACAUCGUCGUCAGACUGGACGGACGCAACUUCCACAAGUUCUCUGAGCAGCAUGGCUUCGUGAAGCCUAAUGAUGAGCGUGCGCUGGGUCUGAUGAGGAGGAGUGCGGAGAGCGUGAUUGACAACAUGGAGGACGUCUGCAUCGCCUACGGCCAGAGCGACGAGUUCAGCUUCGUAUUCAAGAGAUCCACCAACCUCUUCAGGAGGAGGGCCAGUAAGCUGAUGACCCACGUGGCCUCCCAGUUCUCCUCCAGUUUCGUCUUCUACUGGGCCGAGUAUUUUACCCAGCAGCCUCUGCUCUACCCGCCCAGCUUCGACGGCCGCGUGGUGCUGUAUCCUAGCAACCGAAACCUGCGAGACUACCUCAGCUGGAGACAGGCCGACUGUCACAUUAAUAACUUGUACAAUACGGUGUUCUGGGCGCUGGUGCAGAAAGGAGGACUGAGCACCACACAGGCUGAGGAGCGACUCAGGGGGACGGUGGCUGGAGAUAAGAAUGAGAUUUUGUUCUCUGAAUUCGACAUCAACUACAACGCUGAACCCCAGCUGUACCGCAAAGGCACCACGCUCAUCUGGGCCACAGUAGAGGAGAUGGUGACUAAGAAGGGUAAGCCGGCCAAUCAGAGCGAGGGGGAGGUCCAGGUGAGCCGUACUCGCCGGAAGGUCGCCGUCCACCAUUGUGACAUCAUCGGAGAACAGUUCUGGGAGGAGCAUGCGGCCAUUUUGGAAUCUGACUGACGUGCAGCCAGUUACGCCUGGGGAGAACUCUGUUCUGGAACUAUAAGAGAACUCUACAGUGUUCCGGGAACAUUUUGAACGUUUUAUUCCGUCACCUUUGAGAACACUGUAACAGAACUAUUCGAACAGGACCAGUGGAGAAUUUUCUUACAGAACCAUUGAGAUUUCAUUCCAGAAACAUCCCUCAUACACACUUGUAAAUACUCUCUCUCUCUCUCUCUCUCUCUCUCUCUCUCUCUCUCUCUCUCUCUCUCUCUCUCUCUCUCUCUCUCUCUCUCUCUCUCUCUCUCUCUCUCUCUCUCUCUCUCGCACACACACAGUAUCUAACUACUGGAUCCCAUUACACAUCAGACAUGAAUCUCUCACACACACUCCUGACCUCUGGCAAAAGUUCAACUUCUUAUUUUAAUUUGUAUCAUGUAAUAAACCAUCUUA